UUCUAUUGCCAAUAAUUUUUCUACUAUACAAAAAGUAUUCAAUUCAUUCACAAGCAAAUUAAUCCACAUCACAAAAAGUAUUAGAUUUUAACCAAAUAUAAAACAUUGAGAUAUAUAUAAAAUUAUAUAAGGUUUCUUUGCCGGUCACAACCUUGAUCGAAAAAUGGAGAUCACAAACGUUACCGAGUAUGAAUCGAUUGCAAAGGAGAAGCUGCCUAAGAUGGUAUACGACUACUAUGCCUCAGGAGCAGAGGACCAAUGGACUCUUCAAGAGAACAGAUUCCUGUCUUCUUGGAUGGUGGUGUUCGACAUGGCGCUGAUGUCUUCAAGGCACUUGCAUUUGGAGCCUCAGGGAUAUUUAUUGGAAGACCAGUGGUAUUCUCACUCGCUGCUGAAGGAGAGGCUGGAGUUAGAAAGGUGCUUCAAAUGCUGCGUGAUGAGUUCGAGCUGACCAUGGCGUUAAGUGGGUGCCGGUCUCUCAAGGAAAUCACCCGUAACCACAUUACCACCUAAUGGGAUACUCCACGCCCUUUGGCCAGGUUAUAGAGAGAUCAAAACAACCAGAGAAGAGCAACAACAACAGAACAUGUAAUGGCUAAAGUUUCUCUCACAUUAUGAAUUUGUCACUUGGCUUUGCUACUUUGAUAUCUUUUUUUUUUUUGAAUGAAGCUACUUUGAUAUCUGUCUGAAGACUUGUUUCUCCCUCCCAAUGUGGAAUCACAAACCAUGCCUAGAGAUUAUGUAAUCUUAUUUGGUUUCUUCUA